UCGCUGAGCGACGAAAGCUGAAGAGGGAGGGGGUGGGGUCGCGUGUGAACCUUGGUGGUGGUGGUGGUAGAGCCGCCAGGGUAUCAUGGCUGCUGCCACGGACCUUAGUCGCCCGAGCAGCGAUGACAGUAUGCUGGAGCGAAGCUGUAGGCCCAACCUCUCCCAAGAGGUGCUCUGCAAAGUCUUUCGCUCCCUGCACGCCCUGGCUGAAAAGCUGAGCCUCAGAGAUGAUGUGGUGAAAAUGACAAUCGAUUGGAACAAGCUCCAGAGCCUCUCAGCAUUACAGCCUGCACUGCUCUUUAGUGCACUUGAGCAACACAUUUUAUAUUUACAGCCUUUUUUAGCAAAACUUCAACCUUUGAUUAAAGAGGAGAAUACAACUGCUAUUGAAGACAUAGGAAAGACAGAAAUGGGGAACAAGAAUGAAAUAAAUGCCAAAUUUUCCAUCGGUACCCUGCAAGAGGAAGAAAAGCACAAAGAUUGUGAUUUAGGAGAUGUGAAAAAGACACAGAUCCAUUUUGAUCCAGAAGUAGUUCAAAUAAAAGCUGGAAAAGCAGAAAUUGACAGACGAAUAUCUGCAUUUAUUGAAAGAAAGCAAGCUGAAAUCAAUGAAAACAACGUCAGGGAAUUUUGCAAUGUUAUUGAUUGUAAUCAAGAAAAUAGUUGUGCAAGAACUGAUGCCGUUUUUACCCCUUAUCCUGGAUUUAAAAGUCAUGUUAAGGUUUCUAGAGUUGUGAAUACAUAUGGACCACAGACUAGAUCUGAAGGAAUUCAAGGAUCAGUUCAUAAACCUAACAACAUGCUUCGAGAUUGUGGGAAUCAGGCAGUAGAAGAACGGCUGCAGAAUAUUGAGGCUCACUUGCGAUUACAGACAGGUGGUCCCGUGCCAAGAGACAUUUAUCAGCGAAUUAAAAAACUUGAAGAUAAAAUUCUUGAAUUGGAAGGCAUCUCUCCUGAAUAUUUUCAAUCUGUAAACUUUUCCGGAAAAAGAAGAAAAUUUCAACCACCUCAACAGAACUAUUCACUGGUUGAACUUGAUGAGAAAAUUAGUGCCCUCAAACAAGCCCUCCUCAGAAAAUCAAGAGAAGCAGACUCCAUGGCAACUCACCACCUUCCAUGAAAAACUCUCAUCCUUGUCAUUUUACUUUCUUAUAUAUAUGUGUCACUUAUACUGUAAUUAAUUAAAUGAUAUCUGUUUGUCAAUGUAGAUUUCUCUGUGAAGUCAAGGUUUAUUUUCAUAUGAGUCCAGCUUACCGAAAGUAAUCUUCAGAUAUUCUAGUGCAGCGGUUCUCAACUGACAGGAAUUGUAUUAAAGGGCCGCGGCAUUAGGAAGGUUGAGAACCACUGUUCUAGUGAGUUUUGGAAUAACAAAUGCAUUGAAAAUAGCAUUGUUGGGUGGUGCCUGUGGCUCUGUGAGUAGGGCACCGGCCCCAUAUACCGAAGGUGGUGGGUUCAAACCCAGCCCCAGCCAAACUGCAACAAAAAAAAUAGCCGGGCAUUGUGGCAGGCGCCUAUAGUCCCAGCUACUCAGGAGGCUGAGGCAAGAGAAUUGCCUAAACCCAGGAGUUGGAGGUUGCUGUGAGUGGUGACGCUACAGCACUCUACCAAAGGUGAAAUAGUGAGACGCUGUCUCUAAAAAAAAAAAAAGAAAAUAGCAUUGUUGCAAUUUAUUCCCUUCUGUUGUAAAGAAGGUGUUUAGAAAUUGAAGAACAGGUUCAUCUUUUUCCUUUUGUGGACCACAGAAAGGAAGAUUCGUUUUGAUAGUGAUAUUUAAAAGGACUUAAAAAUAUUGUUAACUAGUUUAUUGGUUUAAAUUAGUACUUUGCAUAUAAUAGGCAUUCAAUAAAAACUUAUUGACUGAAAUGAAUUUUAAUUGCAUGUAUAAAAUUUUAUUUUUCAGAUGGUAACAGAUUCUACUUGAUGUCUUAAGUUGGCUCUGUGUCCUUGAACAAGUUACUUAAACUCUUUUUCUGCCUUAAUUUCCUUCUCUGUGAAAUAGAAUUAGUAAUAGAACCUGCUUAAUUGAUUAUUACAGAUAAUAAGUGAGAUCUUGCAUGUUUGAAACUUGACUGUUCCAAGAGAAUUGCUCAGUAAAUGUUAGCUAUUAUUAUAAAGUCAGGUCUAUCUUUGGACAGCAGUUAGGGUGGUUCAAAGAAAUUAAAAUGUCUCUCCCUUGAGAGCCUCACCUUUACAGUACCCCAGUUAUAUCAGACAAUGCAUAUACUGCCAUAAUUGCAAGUUAAACAUUUAAAAGAUGCAGCUACAGUCAGGUCAAGAGUCUUUCAUGGAGCAGCUAUUUAGGUCAAGAAUUGUUUGGUUGGAAGAAUCUGAAAUCUACCUAAAAUUUUAAUUGCACGUAUAAAAUUUAUAAGAAAAGAGUUGUUAAAAACAACCAGAAAUGAGGAACUUAACUUGAAGGGAGCAUCUACUUAAUUCUGUUUCCGUGGACUUGUUUUUCGUAAGGCCUCUUCAUUUCUGCUUCCCUUGGCGGGUAUCAGGUUAGUUCUGUCUCUAUAGCCUUGGCUUGUUUGUGCCUUUGAGCUGCUGUGGUGCAAGCUCUGAACACAACUCUGGGACUUCACAACUCGAAUGAUUGCUGCUCAUCUCAGUCUUUGUGUCACUUAGUUCAACUUCUUCAGUGAUUAAAUCUGAUUCCAUGUUAUCCCUGGCACACCAGUCAGCUAUGAUCAGGAUGACAGGGCAGGAUCUCUUCAUAGGAAUAUGCAGUGUACACACAACCUUGUACAACUGUUUGUGGCAGCCUUGAAAUUGUAGUUACUGGUAGAAAAUAGAGGCUUUGGAAUCAUUCCGAAGAUGUAGACUAGGUUGCUUUCUACUAACUAUGGUGAUUUCUACCACUACAUUUUAUCUCUGCAGACAGUAUUAUAGGUGCAACUACAAGUGUCUGCUCCCUAAUCUCCAUCUGGUCCAUGUGAUCACCUCCUGCCAGAAUGACAUCCUCCAGAUUUAGUAACACAUUUUACUACCAGCACACCAGCAAUACAGUAGGGACAGCAAUAAAAAUUGUUAGAAAAGGAGGUUGCCUUAGAGGUGGGAAAGAAACUUAGAAAACAAGAUCAUAUACUGUUCUCUGGUCCAGGCCAAUGAAUACUAUCUAUGAAUGUGUUUGAUGCUUGCCUUGGUAAUUAAGUUCCUAAGUCAUUCCUGACAGCCUUAGGGUCUGCCCAUUAGAAGGAUUUCCUUUCUCCUUGUCCUUCAGGCCUACUCUUGUGAGGGACACUGGAGUCUUCUCUCCACUUAAGUAAUUAUUGUCUGGUGCCGGGGUCUUUUUCUACUUGAGUCUGGUGCCUGUAGAAGAGGCCAGGACUCAACACCGUGUUGACAUGGGUUGGUACAGGGACUCGUUCAAGACUAACGUUCUUCUGGUGCUAACUACCCCAGAACUCUAGUGGGCUUUCAGUCAUUGUCUUUCUGAGUGUGUCUGAAGGGCGAUGCUAGGAAUUUCUGUGGGGUAAAUUUGCUCCCUUAAUCACCAGGCUGCCUAAUGACCGUUCCUUAAGGAUUUUUGUUAAUCAGCUCUCUAUCCCCAUUGUUUCUUACUAAUGGGCUUGUCCUUGGAGAGAGUAAAGGAGAACAAGUGGUUACUAAGAGCUGUGCUGGAAGGGACUGGAAAGUGUCUGCCCCUAUAAGCCUCUCCCUACACAGGACACAUUCCUGGCCGUGAACGUGUUUUACGAGGGGUUUGGGCACUAGCAUGUCCGUACUGUGGACAGGGUUGGGCUUCCCAAACUAGCAUGGCUGCCCUUAGAUACUCUCACUUCAACUGUAGGCUCCUGAGCUUUUUCAAACUCAAGAAUAAUAUCUGGACCUGGUCUUCAGUAAUCUCAGAAAAGAUUUCUUUUUAUGAAACAUAAAUUUCCUGCUUUUCCCUAUCUGUUUGUAGCUAAACAACCUGAAUGUAUGGUUUGGGUCCCAAAAGAUUUUUGGUAAAUGUUUAACUAUAUUAUCGCUCACUUCAAAAUACCAGUUUUUCAAAGAGUAGGGAAUCUUUUCUGUCUAAUCCCUGCCCCCAAUCUUUAUUUUUCUCUCUCUUUGCUUUAUCCACAACUAGUUUUCCAUUUUCAUUCAGGAUCUGUUAUUUCAGCAAUCUAUUCCUGGUACUAAUUUCUGUUUUAGAGAUUUGUUUUCAAGAAACAGGAACCAGUUCUAAAAUAAAAAGGUAUUAGAAAGAAUGGGAAGAAUCCAAAUUGCAGGACAUUUAGCCAGGUUUUAUCACCCUUUACCCCUCACUGGGCCGCACCAUCUGGACCCUAUACAUCUGUUGCAUCCCCUUGGCUUCUCUCAAGAUGUCUUCCUUCCUCCUUCCUUGUAACUUAGGCUUACUCAAAGCUUCCAGCUCCAUGAUGUUACUAGUUCUGACCUGUUUGGCACCAGUGUCCCCUGUUUGUUUCUUAAGAUUCAAAAUCUUAAAGAAGUGAAAUUCAUAUUCUUAAGGUCAACCAUCCACCCUGGAACAGUUAACCUACGGUUUCAGUGGUAGGAUCUCCAAGAACAAAAAUAGCCACAUGUGCCCAGCCCUUUAGGGAAUGGACGGCACAUCAAUAAAGAGCUUGGGCUGAGAAUCCUGACUAGAAUGGCAGACAUACAGCUGGCCUUUAUAAAGUGUGUUCAGUUCCCUAAGAAAUACUGUUUUUGUUUUUUUUUUUUCUUUUUGGUGGCACCUGUAGCUCAGUGGUUAGAGUGCCAGCCACAUACACCGAGGCUGGCAGGUUCAAAACUGGCUAGGGCCUGCUAAACAACAAUGACAACUACAACAACAAAAGAAUAGCAGGGUGUUGUGGUGGGAGCCUAUAGUUCCAGCCACUUGGGAGGCUGAGGCAAGAGAAUUGCUUAAGCCCAAGAGUUGGAGGUUGCUGUUACCUGUGACACCACAACACUCUACCCAGGGCAACAGCUUCAGACUAUUUCCAAAAAAAAAAAAAGGAAAGAAAUAAUGUUUUUGACAUUCACUGAAACAUUUUAUGUGCCUCCAGGUCCAUUGAACAGAAUUUUAGCUCAGGGUUUCUUUUUUGAGCAGUUCUAACUACAAGAAUUAAUGUUCCAUGACUUUUAUUCUUUCUUAGAAAUACUCCAAAUGACAAAGAGAAAAUUUUCAUUUUAAAAAUGGAAUAUAAUGCCUAUUUUUCAAUUCCCGUAUGUGUUCUUUGGACUCUUAUAAAUCUGAGAUAUAUUAUGGGAUCUUAAUGACUUAAUUUUUCCUAUAUCCUUUCAGACAUUUCAUUUUCCCAGGAAUUAUUUAAUUAUCAACAAUUAUUCCCAACUACGCUAAAAAAGAAAGACUAAAAUAAUAAGUGGACUAAUGAUGCACCACCUAAAAGGAUAAUGUACUAGAAAAAUAAAUGAUCACUAUUAUAUCAUCCUUCAGUUUUUAUAUAGCACUACCCAAAGGAUUCCAUCAUCUUUAAAGAAAACCUGAAAGUCUGGAGAGAUACCAUUUUUGACUCCAUUUUUUUAUAGCUUUCAGUAAAUAUAGUUGAGAAUUUUGAAUUUUUCAUUUUUUGCCCAAAAUGGAAAAUUGAAGAAACUGGAAUUUUCACAUUUAUUUACAGAAUCAAGGUGACUAUAAAGAGAGAGGGCAGUACUCUAGAACCUAAGGAUGCUGGUGAAAUUAUGUAAGCAAAAAUCUCAGGUCCUGAGACUAAUGCAUAUUCUGAAUGAGCUUUUUCAGACUUAAGAAUGGAUGAGUAAACCAGAUAUUUCUAAGGACAACAAAGAAAGACAGUAUUCCCAUCCAUGUACUGUAUAGGUAAAGCUUAAUUAUGCUUUAAUCAACAUUUUGUGACCCAGGUCUGAACCACCUUAUUUUGUGACAGUAUUCUUAGAUCCUUAUCAUGUUUGUAACCAAAAUUUACUUGAUACAGUUUCUAGGUUGAAAAAUAUUAAAGACAGCUAUGUGUACAAAGGUAAUGGAAAGCAAUUAAAUGAUGUAGAAAUGAAAAAUUCCUGGACUGAUGGUUCUAAUUGGUGCUUAUAAAUCUAAAAAUGAAACUGUUCUUCAAUAAUUGCCAUCCUUCCACAAAACUAUGUCAAAGUUUUUAAAAGUAUUUCAUUUUGGCAGUGCAAGUACCAGAAGAACCAGAAAUGAUACACUAGAACUGAACAGAAAUGUAUUUGAGAUCUGAAAUCACUAUUUACAAGAUGGAUGUGUUCCAGGUUCAAUCAUGGUGGGUAAUAAACAGUUAAUUCAACAGACAUUGCCCAUUUCAGGAACAUAUACCUUCAAAACCAAGAAAAUAUGAGAUUUGUUUUUACUGUGUUUAUGUACUAACUAAAAUUUUCUAAUAAAGUUGUUUUUUUAA